GGAGACCCGGUCACUAUGAAUGCGCAUGAGUUCCGCAGGAGGGGGAAGGAGAUGGUGGAUUACGUGGCUGAGUACUUGGAGGGCAUCGAGGGGCGCCAGGUGUACCCCGACGUGGAGCCUGGCUACCUGCGCCCCCUGCUCCCCACCGCUGCCCCGCAGGAGCCAGAAACGUUUGAGGACGUCAUUAAGGACGUCGAGAAGAUCAUAAUGCCAGGGGUGACCCACUGGCACAGCCCGUACUUCUUCGCCUACUUCCCCACGGCCAGCUCGUACCCGGCCAUGCUUGCGGACAUGCUGUGUGGGGCCAUCGGCUGCAUCGGCUUCUCCUGGGCCGCCAGCCCGGCGUGCACAGAGCUGGAGACGGUGAUGAUGGACUGGCUGGGGAAGAUGCUGCAGCUGCCUGGGGUGUUCUUGGCUGGAGAAGCUGGAGAAGGGGGCGGGGUGAUCCAGGGAAGUGCCAGUGAAGCCACCCUGGUGGCCCUGCUGGCCGCUCGGACCAAAGUGAUACGAUGCCUGCAGGCUGCCUCCCCGGGGCUGACGCAGGCCGCCAUCAUGGAGAAGCUGGUGGCCUACGCAUCUGACCAGGCACACUCCUCCGUGGAAAGAGCCGGCUUGAUUGGUGGAGUGAAGUUAAAAGCGAUCCCUUCCGAUGGCAAGUUUGCCAUGCGCGCUUCCGCGCUGCAGGAGGCCCUGGAGAGAGACAAGGCCGAGGGCCUGAUCCCAUUCUUCGUGGUGGCCACGCUGGGGACCACGUCCUGCUGUUCCUUUGACAACCUCUUGGAAGUGGGUCCCAUCUGUCACGAGGAGGACGUGUGGCUGCACGUGGACGCUGCCUAUGCGGGCAGCGCCUUCAUCUGCCCCGAGUUCCGGCAUCUUCUGAAUGGAGUGGAGUAUGCAGAUUCAUUUAACUUUAAUCCCCACAAGUGGCUCUUGGUGAAUUUUGACUGCUCUGCCAUGUGGGUGAAAAAGAGAACCGACCUGACCGGAGCCUUUAAACUUGACCCCGUGUACCUAAAGCACAGCCACCAGGACUCAGGGCUUAUCACUGACUACAGGCACUGGCAGCUGCCGCUGGGCCGGAGGUUCCGCUCUUUGAAGAUGUGGUUUGUUUUUAGGAUGUACGGAGUCAAGGGACUGCAGGCCUAUAUCCGCAAGCACGUCCAGCUGUCCCACGAAUUCGAGGCCUUGGUGCACCAGGACCCGCGCUUUGAAAUCUGUGCGGAAGUCACUCUGGGGCUGGUCUGUUUCCGGCUAAAGGGCUCCAACAAACUGAACGAAGCUCUUCUGGACAGAAUAAACAGUGCCAAGAAAAUCCACUUGGUUCCCUGCCACCUGAGAGACCAGUUCGUGCUGCGUUUUGCUAUCUGCUCGCGGACGGUGGAGUCGGCCCACGUGCAGCUGGCCUGGGAGCACAUCCGAGCGCUGGCGACCGACCUGCUGGGAGCACAGAAGGAGGAAAAGGCGGAGAUCAAAAGUUGAAGUGAUCUGAAUACUGGAAUGAGAGGAGAAGAUGUAUCAUUCCAGCUCCAUGGAACCACGUCUGAAUGUGGCCCACCCAUGCUUCUUUCUCCAAAGUUAUCCAGAAAGAACCUCGUGAUUACAUCUGUUCAGCCUCUCAUCAAUGAAGAAAUAUUUGCUGUAAGUUAACCCCAGUGGAUAUAGCUUUUAUUCAUUAUUUGGCUGUGACUUUUGUUGAUGAAAAAAUCAUCAGUUUCUGUGCCCCUGAAGUUGUCAGUGGUGGUAAAGGCUUAUUGAAAUAUCUUCCGGGGCGAUCUAUAUUUAUGGGACUUGUGAUUAUAUCCAUUGUCUUUAAAUUGUUCUGUCAUGUGACUUAAUGCUUAAUAAACAACGAGAAG